AUGGCUUCCGGACACUCCCCUUCAGUAGCACUACCCACCCCCGCCCACCGCCGAUGCUUAGUGUGUUUGGAUCCUAUUUCUACGCACACCCGCGAUGGAGUCACGGCGUGCCGGGCCUGCAGGGCUUUCUUCAGAAGGCAAAGUCUCCGCCCCAGUCAAGGAGCUGCUUGUCCCCGCCAAGGCGACUGCCAACAAGUUCGCCGUGGACCUGCAGCUUGCGCACCUUGCCGCCUACGCCGCUGCCUUGACGCUGGGCUCUCCGCCGACCCAAUGUCAAGCAGUCAGGAGACUUCCGAGGAAGACAGGUUCCUCUGCCACUCGUGCAAUCAAGUCAACCGCCUCAAAGGAAUCCUGAGAUGCUCCCAAUGCGGCCGCGUCCAUCACCUCUCCUGUGCCAACAUCACACAAGACCAGGCUGCCGUAAUCACAGUUUGGCACUGCCACAACUGCCUUCGGUCCUCCCUUCUGCAAGACGCGGUCCAUGAUGCAGUCCCUGCCAACGAGACUCCACCCACUGACAUGGCCGCCGCAUUGGCCGCCCUCAGAGCGCGAACCAGGCUUCUGCAACACGUCCCCCGCCGUCACCGCCACCGCGUUGCUUCGGAUCUCGCCAGUGUCAUUACAGCCGCCCUUGAGUAG